AUGGCUACGCCAAAUUUAAGAGAGUCUGAUUUUCAAGGAUACAAUAGCAAGAAUUCAGAACAGCAAGGUUCAGACAACAAAGUUAAGUUUUUGUAAUCGCCAUAAUUAUUUGUUACAAAACCUGACAAUUCAAGAGAUGUUUCACCAGUAUAAAUGACUUAGUCAUAUUUCUAAGAUUCAGAUAGCAAGAGUUAAAAUGGAUAUUCAAUAUCAAAAACAACGAUCACAACAAAAAUAGUUUCUAAUACAAGACCAAAUUAUUUGCAAAGCACAGGAUCUACAAAUAAUUUAACAUAAAUUGGAUAGACUUCAACUUAAACUAGGAAUUUUAGCACAGAUUUUAAGCCAAAAAAUACAGAAAACUUAACUUUAAACACUCCCUCAUAUGCUAGUAAACCAAUGACAAUUUAAGAUAUGAAUAAUUCUUAGUUAGAGUCAGCUCGAAACAAGCAUUUGAAAGAUAUCGAAAACUCACUAAUUAAAGAAAGAGCUCUUGUUAAUGCAUUAAAUGUAGAGAAAGAAGUGAUAAAUAACAAAUUAAAAGAAUCAGAACCUAGAUUUUCUCCAUUUUCUAGUCAGACAAAUGCAUUUGGCACUAUUUCUAAUCACAGUGUAUAGCUCAAUAAGGAUGAAGUUAGUAGAUUGUAUAUUUUAUGCAAAGAAAAAGAUUAAAUUAUUUAAGGAUUAAUGGACGAUCUUGCUUCUAAGCCUUCAAGAGAAGCAGCAGAAGCAGAAAAAAUGCAUUUAAUUACUUAAAUUUCAAAUUAUAAAAACACAGUAAUUGAAUUUGAAAAUAAAAUUGCUUUACUUUCAACUGAAAAUGAAAGAUUAAAUAGGAAAAUCUAAGAUAGAGAUUAUGAAAUUUAAAAAAGGAAUAGUGAAAGUGCAUUUAAUGAAGAAAAAUUAAAAAUUGAAAUGGAAGAACUGAUCUAAAGUUAUGAAGAGAGAUUGAAUAAACUUAUUAUGGAGAAUGAAAAAAUAAUAAUGAUUAAUGAGAGUUUGAGGUCAAAAUUGGAUUAAGCUUAACAAAGCUUUGAAAUUAGAGAAAAACAUAUAGAAGAACAAACAGAAAAAAUUAGAAAUUAUUGGAAGGACCACUUCUCUAAAGAAUUGUAAGAACAUAAGAAGACUGUUGAGAUGGAAAAGGGAGUUUACGAAAGCUAGCUAAAACACACCAAGACUAUGAAUGUAGACAUGGAAAAUAAAAUGAAAUAGUAUUUGCUUGAAAUAUAGGAAUUAAAUUAAGCUAUUAUUGAGAAAGAUUCAUUGCUUCAAGAAUUCUAAAUUUAGCUAGGAGUUUUUGAUAAAAAGUAAUAAGAGCUAACUGAACUAAGUAGGUUAUAUGCAGAUGCUAACAAAAGAAUCAAAGAUAUUGAGGGAAAAUUAAAUGUAGUUCUGAAUGAGAAUUAAAAGUUAGCAGAUGUUGCUGAUUCAAAUAGAAUAGAAUUGGAAUAAUGGAAAUAGAGAUACUUCGAAUCAGAAGAAAGAUAAUAAAAAAUUUAACAAGAUCACACAAAGUAGAUUCUUGAUUUAAGGAUAAGCUUUGAUGAAUAAAAGGAAUAAAUUAUGAAAACUGAAAAAGCUAACUUAGAUGCUCAUAACCAAAUUAACUAAGACGAAAAAGUAAAUCUCUUGAUGAAAAUAGUUCUUGUACAAGCAGAAAACGAAAAAAGUCACAAUUAAAUAAUUUAAUUACAAAGAAUUAUUGAUGAUUUAUAAUUUGAAAUUAAACAACAAUCAUAAAAACUUGAAUUUCUCAACUCUGAUCAAACUAUGCUUAUGGAGAGAAACGAAGAUCUUGAGAAAAAGAUAGAGUCUUUGAUUCAUAAUAUAGACGAAUUAAACUAAGGACUUAAAAUUAGAAUUGAAGAAGUUGAAAUAUGGAGAUAGAAGUAUAUUGAAUUGCAGAAUGAAUGUGAAGAUAAAAUUAACUAAUUAUCAUCUCACCAUGAACAACAUACAACAAUAUAAAUAGAGAAAUUUACUAAAGAAAUAGAAAAUCAAAAGUAGGAAUAUGAAGAACACAUUAAGAAAACUAAAAAGCAGUAGUAAGCUGAAAAUGAUGAUAGGCAAAGAUAAAUUGCACUUCUCGAAAAAAAAAUUGAUAAUAUUAAGCAAGAAAACGACUCCUAAUCAAAUCUUUUAAUAGAGAAGAUAAGAUAAAAUGAAGAUUUGCAGCUGGAAUUGCACUAAGCAAAAAUAGAAAGAGAAAGAGUCCAUACUGCCAAACUAGAAAAAGAAAGUGAAUACGAAAGUCUAAAAUUAAAAUAUGACAGACUUGAAUAAUAACACAAAUAGCAAUUUGAAGAUUUCAUAUCUAAGCUUAGAGCUAAAGAUGAUGAACUGGAUGAAAUGAGAAGAGAUAGAUCUAAUAAAAACAUAGAAAUAGAAUCUCUAAAGGCUAAAAUGUAAUUAAUAGAUGAAGAGAUAGAAAAAAGAAAGGCUGUAUACAACGAUUUACAACUUAAAUUCAACCAAAUCAUCGAUGAAAAUGAAAGAUUGUUAAGCAAAUUAAGCGAACUAGAAAUGUUGAAAAAAGAUAUGGAGAGACUAAAAGUAUAACACAUUGAGGAGAUUGAAACUGUUAAAUUUAAUAAUAGAGAAAACGCAGAUAAAGAGAAAAGAGAAAUGCAAAUAGAUUUCCGUUAGAAAUUAGAAAAAGAAAUUACUGAUCAGAGAUAACAUUAUGAUGGUUUAAUGCAUAAACUUGAGAGCAAUAUUACUGUAUUAGAAAAUAAAUUGAAGAUAGCAAAUGGAGAUUACGAAGCUUCAGAAGCCAAAAGACUUUUGCAGAUUGAAUAGUUUAAUCAAAAAAUAAACGAAAUGGAAGCUAUUCAUAAAGUAAAUUUAGAGGAUUAAAGACACCUUAUGGAGAGAGAAUUCGAAACAUAAUUUAAUAAUCAUUCUAUUUAACUUAAGACAAUUAUAGCUGACCAUGAAAGAGAAAUAACUUCAUUGAAAGGACAAGUUGAAAAUUUAAUUGCCGACUUAAAUGUUGAAAGGUCAAAGUAUCAUAGAGCUAUGAUAGAUUUAGAUAAAGCUUGCAGAGAUAUAGAAAUUUGGAGAGGAAAGGCUGGAUAAAUUGAUCCAAAUCAUCCUUAUUUAUAAGAGUUGCAAAGCUAGUUAGAAAUCAAAAGAAGGGAAUGUCUAGAUUUGCAAGGCAGAUUACAUGAUAUAGAUAGAAGAAGAAAUGAUUUAGAAAGGUAACUUACAAAAACUAGAGCAAGAGCUCCUUCUGUGGAUGGCUUUGGCAAACCUCCAAUAAUUACACUUGAAAGAUCAACAGUUAAUUUAGGAAUAUUAGAAGAAAACGAUAAGCUAAAUAGAAUGGUCCUUAACAGAUGCAGAGAAAUAGUUCAUAAUAAAUAUUGA